UCCCUGCGCUUCAGUUCUGCUUCUGGGUCCAGCCCUAUGAGCUCCUGUUAAUAAGCGAGAGACUAAUGCCAAAGCCCGUCGUUGCAUGCAUUCGCCUCCAUCCCUCCGAUAACAUUUUUGCUACACACAUUUCACUUUUUGAUCAUCUCAUUGGCCGAGGUACUCUGGCGCAUCGCGUUUUUGAGGGUCCUGUCGGCCUCCUGGGGGAUAAGAGCCUUUGCCUCCUUGCAGGGCUUCGAAUAUUAGACGUUUCCACGUUGGCGGAAUGCCAGGGGGCCACAUUCUCCGUCCAAAACAUUUGCCUCUAUAAUAUUGAUAUCCUUUAACUUUAGUUUGUUAUGGUCUUAGCAAAAGGCGCAUUCCAUCCAUGUCACCUCCAAAUCUGUUAAACUCUUUCAAUCCACUCUCUCCAUAUCGCCUGGAGCCUCGCCCCCUAAUCAGUUGCGCUUGGCGUGCUGAAGCAGCUGUCGACCGCAUUCCGUCAAAGAUCCUGGUGCCAACGAGCCAGGCACCUUGCAGGUCCCUAGGAUCGUUUCGUUGGCCAAUGACAAGUGGGCAGCCGGAGGUAUCUCCGGGUUUGCUGGGGUCAUUUGUAUCAUCUCUACCGGUCUCGCUCUCUUUCUGUGGCAAGCCGUCGCGAGAGAUCAAAUAUAAGUCCAUCGUCUUAGGCUGUGGGUAUUGGACGGGUCCUCUGCCCGAUGAGUCCAAUUAAUGUUAUCUCCCGGUACCAGACCAUCAUCUCCUUGACUUUGUUUUUUCUGCCCAGGUCCCGUGAUCGAUACCAUUGGUGCACUGGUAACCUGCACUUAGGGCUGUACGCUCACCCUGCAUCACCCACCCACCAACCCAUUCAGCGUCCAUUCCGGGCUUCGGGGGUCUCAUUUACUUUCCUCGAUAAUCCAAACGGCCACACCCACAAGGGAGGCCUGUUGGGGGGAAACACACGGACUCUGUCGGAUGUCAGGUUCCGGCAGGUUCCGUGCCCUGCGUCCACUGGACGAGUCGACGGCACUGCAGGCUAACGAGGUGGACGCUGUUAGGGAGGGUUCGGCUUCCAGCGUGAGCCUGUCACCAAUGUUACCGUCAUCCUCCAGUGCCCCCGUUAGGACGCAGAACCGAACACUGUCUGCGUGUCUAAGAUGUCGAAGAAGCAAAGCCAAGUGCACUGGAACCCGACCGAGAUGCAGACGAUGCAGCGAUAACGAUGUUAGCUGCGAGUACGACGCCGACCCCGACAUAACGCCCUCACUUACCGUCAAGAGGCGCAACAUUGAGCUCCUGAAGGAGAACCAAGAACUGCGUCAGGUGAUUGGCUUCAUGGCGACGCGACCGUGGCAGGAGACGGAAGAGGUGUUUCAGAGGUUACGGGAGGGAAUGGAUCCGCUGGAAGUGUAUGCUGCCUUGAUUGCUGGCAGGACGGAGGGCAGUGGUGGUCUUGUCACAUCGACUUUGCAACACCCGUCAUCUCAACAUCGUCCUCCGGUUGAAAGUGGAUGGGAUUCUCGAGGUGGCCUGCGGCCUCCGCCGCCUCGUGGGGAGGUUCGUGGCCUAGGGAUGCAGCAGCAAGGACAGGAACAGGAGCAGCAGACUACGGAAGGGAGAACAAGCAGAGACCCGAGAAGACCUCUGGAGCGCCUUGAUAUUGCAUCUUUACUGUCAUGAAAACGGCAGCAUUUCUUUUUUUUUCUUUUUACAGUGUUGACUAGUUUUAUUUUUUACCUCCUGGUUCGAGGGGCUAUCCAAAACAAAACUCCUUCUCACAAUUACUUUGUGAGUCUUGCCUGAGAAUUCAUUAUUAGACCUUUAUAUGGCGACCGACCCCGAGUCUAGUGCAGUUUCUGCAGACGUGUUGAAUUGGCGCCACCAGCAC